AUGACUGUGACAGACGAUGAUAUUAAACAGAUGCAUGCAACGAGGUCGGCGACAGUACUCAACACACUGCAGCGAUGGGGAAGAGACCUGUUGGAUACAAACAAACGCAAUGCUAUACCAGUUGAAGACCGACGUCGGUUGGAACUCUACUUCACGCAACUCAACAUGCAACCAGACAGCGCACGUGGGGAUACUGAACCAGACGAACGCACCAAGUCAACACUGGCAAGAGUUGUCGAGAAACAUGCGAAUGAGCAACGAGUCGAACAACUGAACCAUCGACUUGUCCAUGAUUUUGACGACGAUGAUCAUCUUAACCGUGCAGUGGUGGUCAACUCUAUCGCCAAGCUUGACAAAGACGUUGGUCGAGUCGACAAGCAAUUGGAGCAUAUCCUGUCUGGUGGAGAUCUUGGUAAACUCCCCAUCAUCGGUGGUGGUGAUGGUGGUGUUGCAGAAGAUGAUGACCCAACCAAGCUAAGAGUUCAUGACAAGGAGGUAAGCAAAUCAUUGGUUGCCUACUGGGAGAAGAUAACAAGCGACAGAGAUAGAAUCAUCAAAGAGAAAUUGGGAGAGAAUCAACGAGAGAUUAACAAAGUGGACAACCUAUCCAAACAGUUCAACAGGAUAACAUCUAAAGCAAAUCUCAAGAGUAUUGAUAUCAACAAUGUUGUGAUCAAGUUUGAUAAGAUGCAACAAGAGAAUCAGACACUUGUCGAUGCCGUCAAUCAAUCAUUCCAACCCGACAGUGUAAUCAAUCAACUCAAGGAACUGUUCCGUCCAUACUCUGAUGCAUUGGCAACUAUUAAACGUAAUGGAACAGACGAGAUCAUUCAGUGA